ACGCCAAUGAGGUCAUCAUCUCGCGCCGCGAUAGCAAUAAGCAUGGCUAUUCAGAACAGUUCACUAUCCAAAUUGCAGUCUUGUAAUGGUAUAUUUGCCAUAUAUAAGAAACAGGGACCCACCUCCGCAGAUGUGUUAAACACUCUGAAGAAAGCGCUUUUAAAAGAGGCAGGUGUUGCAAAUCCCAAUCCUCGCAAAAGGAACAAGCAACCUUUAAAAAUUGGCCAUGGUGGCACCCUGGACAGCAAUGCUUCUGGUGUACUUGUAGUUGGAAUUGGUGAAGGAACGAAGAUGCUCACCACAAUGCUUGCAGGAUCAAAGAAAUACAGAGCUAUUGGAGAGUUAGGCAAAGCAACUGAUACUCUUGACGUCACAGGAAAUGUUGUUGAAGAAAAGAGUUAUGAUCACAUCACAAAAGAGGUUUUUGAGGAGAAGCUGAAGCAGUUUACGGGUGAAAUUAUGCAGGUUCCACCUCUAUAUUCGGCACUGAAGAAGGAUGGCAAGCGCAUGUCUGUCCUGCUCAAGCAAGGUCAAGAGGUUGAGGCUAAACCUGCACGUCCAGUCACGGUGUACAGUCUCUCUUUACAAGACUUCAGUCCGCCGUAUUUCACCAUAGAUGUUGAGUGUGGAGGUGGGUUUUAUGUGAGAAGCUUGGUUGAUGAUCUUGCAAAAGCUCUAUCAUCCUGUGCUCAUAUCAAGGAACUCAGUCGGACCAAGCAGGGUCAGUUCACACUGGAAGAGCAUGCAUUGAAGGAGGAUCGCUGGACUUUGACAGAUAUCUCCCAGGCUCUGCAGCCUUGCCCAAAGCCAUCAGGGCAACAGAAGAAUGCCAAGAAAACAAAAUCAAAGCAUAUGCCCACCCCAUCUGAAUCUAAGGGUGACGAUGGAAAUACAAACGAUUAAAUGAUGAACAAAUUACAUUCUCACUGAAAGAACUGUAGGAAACUGCAGUGUUAUUGUGACAAAACAUGACUUGGCACUGUUAUUAUUUGUGUGAGCCCAAACGUGCUGUAGGUAAUGGGCUUUUGUGUUCUUUGUUUUUUUAUUUUAUUUUUUUUUAUUACACAUUGACAAGCUAUUAAAGUUUAUUAUAGAUUAUUAA